CAGCGCAGAGCUCGGGCGCCGCGUCCUCCCUCCGCAGCAGCCGAGCCGGACCUGCCUCCCCGGGCGUGCUCCGCCGGCCCCGCCGCCGGCCCGCAGCGACAGACAGGCGCUCCCCGCAGCUCCGCACGGGACCCAGGCCGCCGGACCCCAGAGCCGGACCACCCUCCGUCCGCCCCGAGGAGUUUGCCGCCUGCCGGAGCACCUGCGCACAGAUGGAGCUGGACCACCGGACCAGCGGCGGGCUCCACGCCUACCCCGGGCCGCGGGGCGGGCAGGUGGCCAAGCCCAACGUGAUCCUGCAGAUCGGGAAGUGCCGGGCCGAGAUGCUGGAGCACGUGCGGCGGACGCACCGGCACCUGCUGGCCGAGGUGUCCAAGCAGGUGGAGCGCGAGCUGAAGGGGCUGCACCGGUCGGUCGGGAAGCUGGAGAGCAACCUGGACGGCUACGUGCCCACGAGCGACUCGCAGCGCUGGAAGAAGUCCAUCAAGGCCUGCCUGUGCCGCUGCCAGGAGACCAUCGCCAACCUGGAGCGCUGGGUCAAGCGCGAGAUGCACGUGUGGCGCGAGGUGUUCUACCGCCUGGAGCGCUGGGCCGACCGCCUGGAGUCCACGGGCGGCAAGUACCCGGUGGGCAGCGAGUCAGCCCGCCACACCGUUUCCGUGGGCGUGGGGGGUCCCGAGAGCUACUGCCACGAGGCAGACGGCUACGACUACACCGUCAGCCCCUACGCCAUCACCCCGCCCCCAGCCGCUGGCGAGCUGCCCGGGCAGGAGCCCGCCGAGGCCCAGCAGUACCAGCCGUGGGUCCCCGGCGAGGACGGGCAGCCCAGCCCCGGCGUGGACACGCAGAUCUUCGAGGACCCUCGAGAGUUCCUGAGCCACCUAGAGGAGUACUUGCGGCAGGUGGGCGGCUCUGAGGAGUACUGGCUGUCCCAGAUCCAGAAUCACAUGAACGGGCCGGCCAAGAAGUGGUGGGAGUUCAAGCAGGGCUCCGUGAAGAACUGGGUGGAGUUCAAGAAGGAGUUCCUGCAGUACAGCGAGGGCACGCUGUCCCGAGAGGCCAUCCAGCGCGAGCUGGACCUGCCGCAGAAGCAGGGCGAGCCGCUGGACCAGUUCCUGUGGCGCAAGCGGGACCUGUACCAGACGCUCUACGUGGACGCGGACGAGGAGGAGAUCAUCCAGUACGUGGUGGGCACCCUGCAGCCCAAGCUCAAGCGUUUCCUGCGCCACCCCCUGCCCAAGACCCUGGAGCAGCUCAUCCAGAGGGGCAUGGAGGUGCAGGAUGACCUGGAGCAGGCGGCCGAGCCGGCCGGCCCCCACCUCCCGGCGGAGGAUGAGGCGGAGACCCUCACGCCCGCCCCCAACAGCGAGUCCGUGGCCAGUGACCCGACCCAGCCCGAGUAGAGGGCAUCCCGGAGCCCCCAGCCUGCCCACUACAUCCAGCCUGUGGCUUUGCCCACCAGGACUUUUGAGCUGGGGCUGACUCCUGCAGGGGAAGCCCUGGUCCAGCUGGGUGCCCCCUCGAGCUCCGGGCGGACUUGCACACACUCGUGUCAUCCAGAUGUGAGCACCGCACCCAGCGGCAAAGAGCCCUCCCCCCUGCAGGGCUCCACCCAUCACCCUCCCUCCGUCUGUCUUUCCGGCCUGGACCCCACCCUCCACACUCUCAGGCCAUCACAGAACACCCCAGCUUCCUCAUUCUGCUACAACGCCCAGGCCCUCUGGACAUCCAGAAAACCAAGUGUCCGGAUGGCAGGGGCCAGCGGCCACCAAGCUCAUGGGACACCCAGAGCAGAAGCUAGGGCAGAGCCAAUGCUGAGGGAGCCUCGACUUCCGGCGCCGCCGCCCUCUCCCGGCAUCCGCAGAGCCAGCUGACGCCCUCCCUGCCUCCCAGGGCAGCUGGCCAGCCUCGGGCAGCGCGGCCCCCUCCUCCCAGGGGAGAGUAGAAGUCACACACGCAGCAGAGCAGACCUGAUGUCCCGGUGCUUCCUGGCCCCUCAGCUCCAGUGAUUCACGCCCGCCUGGAGGAGAAUCAGAGCUCAGCUCAUGACUCACCCGUGGCAGGCGGAGGGUCCCAGAGGGGCUGAGUCCUCAAAUCCGGCUGAGGCAGCAGCUGGCACCAUCAGAGCCAGGAGAGUGACAACAGGUCUCAAGGUUCCCACAAAGUCUUUGCUGCUGUGCUGGGCACCACCCACCCCUCACCUUGCAGGCUGCCUGCGUGGGAGGCGAAGUCCCAGGACAGCCCAGAGGGGGGCUACAGAGAGAAGUCGGCUGCAGCAGAGGGCAGGAGCCCCAGCUUAGCCCUGAGCGCCAGCGCGAGGGCCAGGCCCUGCCCCUAAGCCCGCCCCGCUGGCCGCCAGCUGCCCGUCCCCAGAGCCACUGCAGCAGGAGUCGGGCCCUGCCUCCCUCCCAGCAGGGAAACCCCGCCCGCUGCCAGGCCAUCCUCUCUGCCAGAGGCUUUCAUGAGCCCCAAGGCUGGGGCCACAGCUCCUACCCCUGCCCAGCAGCCCUGAGCUCAGCUGCAGGAAGGACAUCCCAGAAGCCAUGUCUCCUGGGGCGCUUCCAGGCAUUCUGCCCUGCCCCGACACCAGAACCCUGGUGCUGGUGGGCCACUAGCGUCUGCAGCCUAAGCAGGUGCUGGCUCAGGGUUCAUCGUUCUGCCUUGUCCACUGGGCGACCAGCCCUGCAGACCACUCUGACAAGUCUUCAGCCCACACCCUGCCAGCCCCACAGAUUUUAUUUUUGCACAUAAGCCAUAACCAAUCCUCAAGGCUGGCACAGGCUUUGGGGAAGCCCUGGAGCCUGUGAAGACCCUGGAAACCUCAUGAGGCUGUGGCCAACCCCUGCCCCUUGCCCCACACAGACCAGGCCUUAAAUGUCGGUCCAGGCCCUGUGCACCUUACCCCAAAGACAGACUCUUUUUGUAAGAUUUUGUUAAUAAAACACUGAAACUUC